UACUUUGUACCAUUUAGACCUGUGCAUUUUUUAACAAGUGCCGUCAUUGUAGAACUGGGACUGUGGCGUGCGGAAUUGGUUAGCUUGGUACACCCGGAACUGGGAACAGCCUCAACACGAAUUAUUUACCAUUUGCGCUGCAGAGGAGAUCGACUGUGGUCGCCAGCGCCGCACCUAGAUCUGCCUCAAUAACGCCCACACCAACAACUUUAGCGAUCACUGGCGGUCGUUUGGGCUUAAAUUUCAACAGGAAUAACACAAGCAACAGCAACGCCAGCAAUAACAACAGCAACGGUAGCAAUAGCAACAACAUCAACGAUUGCAACGUGUCGGAACUGAGCGACGCACUGCUAAACAACGAGGUGCGCGCCAUCCGGUAUCCAAUAGUGACGGCAACAGAAGCCAUCAUGUCCUUGACAGCAACGGGCUCAUCGCCCACCAGCCCCAUUGAGCCCUUCAUUUCGCCCAACCCACAGAUCGUGAAAGAGGGAUGGCUGUCGAAGCGCGGCGAGCAUAUCAAGACUUGGCGCCAACGCUAUUUUGUCCUGACCGACGAUGGUUCUCUGAAGGGCUAUCGCAGCAAGCCGGUUGAUUAUACAUCGCAGGAGCACGUGCUCAACAACUUUACCGUGCGCGGUUGCCAAAUCAUGGCCGUGGAUCGGCCAAAGCCCUUCACAUUCAUCAUACGCGGUCUGCAGUGGACGUCAGUAAUUGAGCGCACCUUUGCUGUCGGUUCGGAAGAGGAACGUCAAGGCUGGACGGAGGCUAUACGUAAUGUGGCCAGCAGGCUAUGUGAGAUGGGCGAGACGGCCAUGUCUCCAUUAGCACAAACAGAUACGAGCGAUGUAGAUAUGGCUGGCAUUGCCGAGGUGGAGCUGUCCGAACAGUUUUCAGUGCAAGGCACUACACGCAACAGUAGCGGUGUUAAAAAAGUGACUCUUGAAAACUUUGAAUUCCUUAAGGUGCUCGGCAAGGGCACCUUUGGCAAGGUAAUUCUCUGCCGCGAGAAGGCUACUGCCAGAUUGUAUGCAAUCAAAAUUCUCAAAAAGGAGGUGAUCAUACAAAAGGAUGAGGUCGCGCACACACUCACUGAAAGCCGCGUGCUAAAGUCAACAAAUCAUCCGUUCCUGAUUUCACUGAAAUAUUCAUUUCAAACCAAUGAUCGUCUCUGUUUUGUCAUGCAAUAUGUGAAUGGUGGCGAGCUGUUUUGGCAUUUGAGUCAUGAGCGCAUCUUUACAGAGGAGCGAACACGCUUUUAUGGCGCCGAAAUAAUAUCGGCGCUGGGAUAUUUGCAUUCGCAGGGCAUCAUUUAUCGUGACUUAAAGCUGGAGAAUCUUUUGCUGGACAAAGAUGGCCACAUUAAGGUAGCGGACUUUGGGCUGUGCAAGGAGGACAUCACUUACGGUCGUACAACGAAGACGUUUUGUGGCACACCGGAAUAUUUAGCCCCCGAAGUAUUAGAUGAUAAUGAUUAUGGGCGCGCGGUGGAUUGGUGGGGGACCGGUGUGGUUAUGUAUGAGAUGAUCUGUGGAAGACUACCAUUCUACAAUCGUGAUCAUGAUGUGCUUUUCACGCUGAUAUUGUUAGAAGAUGUGAAAUUUCCGCGGAAUAUAACAGACGAAGCAAAAAGUCUAUUAUCUGGUCUUUUGGCUAAGAAUCCUAGAAAUCGUUUGGGCGGAGGACAGGAUGAUGUUAAGGAGAUACAAGCACAUCCAUUCUUUGCGAGUAUUAAUUGGACAGAUCUGGUGCAGAAGAAGAUAACGCCGCCUUUCAAGCCUCAGGUUACAUCAGAUACAGACACACGAUAUUUUGACGAGGAGUUUACAGGCGAGAGCGUUGAGCUAACGCCGCCGGAUCCCACGGGACCACUAGGUUCUAUAGCCGAAGAGCCGCUUUUCCCGCAGUUUAGCUAUCAAGGAGAUAUGGCCAACACAUUGGGCACCUCGUCGCACAUAAGUACUUCCACAAGUCUCACAUCGAUGCAAUAGAACAAGUUUAACAAACACACAUAAAUACAUACUAUAAACACAUUAUGUUCUGCUUCAUCACCUAUGAUCACCCAUAAUAUACUGAGUUAUAUAGAACUGGGUAAUAUUGCGAGCAAAACUGAAAUAAAUUUGUACCGCUAAGUUUAUACACCAAUAAUAACAAAUGAAUGAUAGUAACUUA